AUGAAUUUAGUGGAUUUCCAACCAUCAACUAUAGCUGCUGCAGCAGUUCUCGCUGCAUGGGAUGCAAGGUUGACUAAAAGGUUGGUGGAAUCCAAGACGAGUCUACUCUCGUGCUGUGGAUCGUUGGACGCCGAGUAUGUGUUCGCCUGCUACAGUCUCAUUGUUCUCGAGUCACACAAGGAGAAGGCGAGAGCAGCGACGUUUCUGGCUUCAUCCGGGACAUCACCUGCAAACUGUGAGAGCACCACCGACACCGGCACCGGCUGCACUGUCUCUCUUGCGACGACAAGCAGCAAGAGAAGAAGGUUGCAAUGA